GCUUUUUUUUAACACUCUUUUCGAUAAAAUUACUGAACAAAAAAAAACAAUGGCUGAAGACAAACUUGGAUUCUUGAAGAACUACCCUGACAUCAACGCCGAGCCCUUGUGGACUGUCAUGGAGGCCAUGGUCCCACCUAUCCCUUCGCCCAAGUCCGUUCCUCACGUUUGGGAAUACCAAAAGAUGCGUCCGGCCCUUAUCGAAUCCGGCAAGCGCAUUAAAGCCGAGGAAGCCGAGCGUCGUGUCCUCAUGUUGAUCAACCCUACCAUGAAGGCUCCAUGCACCACCGAUACCUUGUACGCCGGUCUUCAGCUUAUCAACCCUGGUGAGGUCGCUCCCGCUCACCGUCACUGCGCUUUCGCUUUGCGUUUUAUCAUUGAGGGCGAGCGUGGUUUCACUGCUGUCGAAGGCGAAAAGAUCACCAUGGAGCGCGGUGACGUUAUCUUGACUCCACCAUGGCAAUGGCACGAUCACGGCCACGAAGGCAGUGAUGUCAUGAUCUGGCUCGAUGGUCUCGAUCUCCCCAUUUUCCAAAACAUUCCCGUCAACUUUGCCGAAAUGUACGCCGAGCCCCGUUACCCCAGCGCUCCUGCUGAAAACAGCUCGUUAAAGUUCCCCUGGGCUCCCGUCCAGAAGGCUUUGGAUAGCACUGGUGAUGCUUCUUACGCUUCGUAUACCUACAACAAACCUGAUGGCAGUCCCCUUUCUCACAUUAUUGGUGGUGCUGCCGAGCGUAUCGGUGCUAAGGCUGCCUCUCCCGAAAUCCGUGACACUUGCUCCAAGAUCUUCCACGUCUACGAGGGUACUGGUUAUAGUGAGAUUGUGGAUGCUAAGGGCAACAAGACUGUCUUGAAGUGGACCAACAGCGACACCUUCGCUGUCCCCGCCUGGAGCGGCAUUACCCACCAUAACGAAGGCGACGAAGCCGCUUACCUCUUCAGCUACAACGACAAGCCUUUGCUCAACAACCUGAACUUGUUCCGCGAGCAGCAGAAGCAGUAAACUCGCCUCCUCCUUUGUUUCUUUUUGUUCCAUUCCCUUUCUUGUUCGACAGCUUUUCCCGCAUCCUAUCUUCCCCACCUCCGUCUUUGUGUAUAUUUUUUGACAAACCACUGUAUCUAUGAUUUGUAAUAAAAUGAAA